GAAGAGUUAGGGACCGCUGGAGGCUGACGGGCAGAGGGAGGGGCUGGGGACAGGACGCCCCUGGCUCCCUCCCUCCUCCCACGCACCCCCCUGCUACGUCAGAAGCUCCCGGACCAGCUCUGAGUCCUGUCGGUGGGGGCAGCAGGAUGCUAGUGGAAGCCGAGGGGGCCGGCCGGGUGCCUCCGCAGCUCGGCUGGCAGAGCCCAGCGCGGUGUGUGCGGCUGCUGGUGCGAGCACCCCUGCCCCACCCUUCCCCAUGCAGCCCUGGCAGUGCCUCCGGCGCUUUGCCCUGGCCUGGUGGGAGAGGACAGCUGAGGGCAGCUCCCGAUCUCCCAGGGAGGAGGCCGGACCAAAGGACCCUGGGGGCCGAAGGGAGCCAGGGCUCCAGCGUGCAGCGGGAGGGAAGCCUCCAGGACUCUGUUCCCUCUGUUUAAAGUCUCCAGAUCCGGAGCGGAGCAGCCCCCCCAUGCUGUCUGCAGAUGAUGCGGAGUACCCGCGAGAGUACCGGACCCUGGGGGGCGGGGGCGGCGGGGGCGGCGGGGGCCGGCGCUUCUCUAACGUGGGGCUGGUGCACACGUCGGAGCGCCGGCACACGGUGAUCGCGGCCCAGAGCCUGGAGGCGCUCAGCGGGCUCCAGAAGGCGGACGCCGACCGCAAGCGCGAUGCCUUCAUGGACCACCUGAAGAGCAAGUACCCGCAGCACGCCCUGGCCCUUCGCGGUCAGCAGGACAGGAUGCGGGAGCAGGUCGGCGGCUGGACCGUGGACCCCGUGUGCCUUCUCAGCUCCCUCUGCUCCCACCUCCACGGCGACUCCGCCCCCUCCGGGGCUGGCCAGCCGGCCCAGCAGCCAAACUACUGGAGUUUCAAGACCCGCAGCUCGCGCCACACUCAGGGAACCCAGCCCGGGCUGGCAGACCAGGCGGCCAAGCUGUCCUACGCCUCAGCUGAGUCGCUGGAGACCAUGUCGGAGGCCGAGCUGCCUCUGGGCUUCAGCAGGAUGAACCGCUUCCGACAGAGCCUGCCCCUCUCCCGCUCAGCCAGCCAGACCAAGCUGCGCUCCCCAGGGGUGCUGUUCCUGCAGUUCGGGGAGGAAACUCGGCGGGUGCACAUCACGCACGAGGUCAGCAGCCUGGACACGCUGCACGCCCUCAUCGCGCACAUGUUCCCGCAGAAGCUCACCAUGGGCAUGCUUAAGUCGCCGAACACCGCCAUCCUCAUCAAAGACGAGGCUCGCAACGUCUUCUACGAGCUGGAGGACGUCCGGGACAUCCAGGACCGCAGCAUUAUCAAGAUCUAUAGGAAGGAGCCGCUUUACGCUGCUUUCCCUGGCUCGCACCUCACCAACGGGGACCUCCGGAGAGAGAUGGUGUACGCGUCCAGGGAGUCGUCGCCCACCCGGCGCCUCAACAACCUGUCGCCCGCACCGCACCUGGCGUCCAGCUCACCGCCGCCGGGGCUGCCGUCCGGACUGCCGUCCGGGCUGCCAUCGGGGCUGCCGUCAGGCUCCCCGUCGCGCUCGCGCCUCUCCUACGCCGGGGGGCGCCCGCCCUCCUACGCCGGCAGCCCGGUGCACCACGCGGCCGAGCGGCUGGGAGGCGCCCCCGCCGCGCAGGGCGUCAGCCCCAGCCCCAGCGCCAUCCUGGAGCGGCGCGACGUGAAGCCGGACGAGGACCUGGCGAACAAGGCGGGCGGCAUGGUGCUGGUGAAGGGCGAGGGCCUCUACGCCGACCCCUACGGGCUGCUCCACGAGGGCCGCCUGAGCCUGGCCGCGGCCGCCGGCGACCCGUUCGCCUACCCGGGCGCCGGCGGCCUCUACAAGCGCGGCUCGGUGCGCUCGCUCAGCACCUACUCGGCCGCCGCGCUGCAGUCCGACCUGGAGGACUCCCUGUACAAGGCGGCGGGCGGCGGCCCUCUCUACGGGGAUGGCUACGGCUUCCGCCUGCCGCCUUCCUCGCCGCAGAAGCUGGCCGACGUGGCAGCGCCACCCGGAGGCCCCCCGCCGCCUCACAGUCCCUACUCCGGGCCGCCCAGUCGCGGCUCACCGGUGCGCCAAUCCUUCCGAAAGGACUCGGGCUCCUCCGUCUUCGCAGAGAGCCCCGGAGGCAAAACCCGCAGUACUGGGGGCUCCUCCACGGCCGGAGUCCCCCCUUCUGAGCUCUUCCCCGGGCCUGGGGAGCGUCCGCUCGUUGGGUUCGGGCCGCCUGUGCCAGCGAAGGACACAGAGACCAGGGAGCGCAUGGAGGCCAUGGAGAAGCAGAUUGCCAGCCUCACAGGCCUGGUGCAGAGUGCACUGCUACGAGGUUCGGAGCCCGAGACCCCCAGCGAGAAGAUCGAAGGCUCCAACGGAGCAGCCACGCCCUCUGCACCCUGCGGGUCAGGUGGCCGCAGCAGCGGGGCCACCCCGGUGUCCGGCCCUCCCCCACCCUCAGCCAGCAGCACCCCUGCGGGGCAGCCCAGUGCCAUCAGCCGUCUGCAGAUGCAGCUGCACUUGCGUGGCCUCCAGAACAGCACCAGUGACCUGCGCGGCCAGCUUCAGCAGUUGCGGAAGCUCCAGCUACAAAACCUGGAGUCGCUGCGCGCGCUCCUGAAGGGCACGGAGGCGGAGCUGAGCAUGCGCGUGUCAGAGGCAGCGCGGCGGCACGAGGACCCGCUGCAGCGACAGCGCACCCUGGUGGAGGAGGAGCGGCUGCGCUACCUCAACGACGAGGAGCUCAUUACCCAGCAGCUCAAUGACCUGGAGAAGUCGGUGGAGAAGAUCCAGAGGGAUGUCUCCCACAACCACCGGCUGGUGCCCGGGCCGGAGCUGGAGGAGAAGGCGCUGGUGCUGAAACAGCUCGGGGAGACGCUGACGGAGCUCAAGGCUCACUUCCCAGGCCUGCAGAGCAAGAUGCGGGUUGUGCUGCGCGUGGAGGUGGAGGCUGUGAAGUUCCUGAAGGAGGAGCCGCAGCGCCUGGACGGGCUGCUCAAGCGCUGCCGUGGGGUCACGGACAUGCUGGCCCAGAUCCGAAGGCAAGUGGACGAGGGGGUGUGGCCACCCCCCAACAACCUCCUGAAUCAGUCCCCCAAGAAGGUGACAGCCGAGACCGACUUCAACAAAAGCUUGGACUUUGAACUGCCGCCCCCCAGCCCUCCGCUAAACCUCCAUGAGCUGAGUGGGCCGCCCGAGGGAGCCCCUUCCACCCCCAAGGGGGGCAACCCCACCAAAGGCCUGGACACGCCUGGCAAGAGAAACGUAGACAAGGCUGUGUGUGUUGAGGCUGCCGAGAGGGACUGGGAGGAGAAGCGGGCAGCGCUGACCCAGUAUAGCGCCAAGGACAUCAAUCGGCUGCUGGAGGAGACACAGGCGGAGCUGCUGAAGGCCAUCCCGGAUCUGGACUGUGCGAGCAAGGCCCACCCAGGCCUGGCUCCCACCCCUGACCACAAGCCCCCGAAAGUCCCCCAUGGCCAGAAGGCAGCCCCCCGAGCGGAGCCCAGUGGAAGGAGGGGCUCAGAUGAGCUGACGGUGCCCCGAUACCGCACGGAGAAGCCCUCUAAGUCGCCCCCACCACCCCCUCCCCGCCGGAGCUUCCCCUCUUCCCAUGGCCUGACCACCACCCGCACUGGAGAGGUUGUGGUCACCAGCAAGAAGGACUCGGCUUUUAUCAAGAAGGCCGAGUCCGAGGAGCUGGAGGUGCAGAAACCCCAAGUGAAGCUGCGCCGGACGGUGUCCGAGGUGGCCCGCCCGGCCUCCACACCACCCAUCAUGGCCUCUGCCAUCAAGGACGAGGACGAUGAGGACCGCAUCAUCGCAGAGCUGGAGGUGUUUGAGAGAAGCUCAGUGCCUUCCCUCCCCCCUCCACCCCGCCGCCAGCCGAUCCCCACCUUGCUGUCCCCCCAGGACCCCGGGCCCCGUGGGGGCUCAGCCCCAGGUCCCACAUGGAAGGCUGCCCCAGAGCCCAGGGCCUUCUGUGUCCCCCGCAUCAUCUUGACGGAGUGUGCCCCCAACCCUCCGUCCCCACCAGAGGCCAGGCUUGAAGAGCCCAGUCCCAGAACGACCCCCACCCCGAGACCCCGGACCCUGGUUGGCAGUGGGAGGGACUGGGAUGGCCCACAGGCCCCGCCAGGGGUCGCCGCUGAGGCUUCUGGGACCAGGAGCAGCUUGAUGCCCGAAAAGGAAGGGACCUCUCAGAAGAGCCUGGGGACAGGGGGCUGCAGCCCGGAAGAGGGAGGGGUCAGGGUUCCCUGUUCUCAGGGACCAGCCCCAGGCACAACUCAGGAGCCUUCCGCUGCUGAGACCCACCCGGAGGAGACCCCCAAGGACUCUGGACACGACGCCCAGCCUUGCAGGGGGAACCGUAAGGGCCAGCCUGCUGUCGGCUCGGGCUGUACAGUGCGGGGCGCCACCACCCAGCGGAUGGACAGCCUGGAAGAGUCGCUCCGGGAGCUGGAAGCCACCCUGAGCCAGAUGGGCACGGCCCCCUCUGAGGGGCCCCCCGGCAGCCCCCCGCCCCCGCCCCCCACUCCCAAGAGUGGCGGCGGCAGUGUGCCACCCAUGAAGGUGGUGACUCCGGGGGCCUCUCGGCUGAAGGCGGCCCCGGGCCAGCCAGGCAGCCCUGACAAAGGCAAGCACGGCAAGCAGAGGGCCGAGUACAUGAGGAUCCAGGCCCAGCAGCAGGCCGCUAAACCGCCUAGGGAGACGAGCGGGUCGAGCGAGACCUCAAGCCCAGUCUCAGAAAAGCCCUCGGCCUCCAGAACCUCUAUCCCUGUAUUGACUUCGUUUGGGGCGAGGAAUUCUUCCAUCUCCUUCUAGAAGCCCCCUCACACCUCCACCCAGCCUGACCCCUCCCCGACCCCUGCCAUUGCUCUCCCUACACUUCCCUCCACCCCCCACCCCCCAUGCUCCAGACACCCCCCCCUCAAGGGUUGCCACAGGUGUGGGCCUUCUCACCUCUCUCUACUCAUUCCCUGUUGGUGGUUUCUCUCUUUUUUUUAAUGAUUCACUUAUAAUCCUCUUCCUCUUUUUUUUAACAACAACAAAAAAAAGAGCAAAACGGUGAAACUGAGAACCAAAACACACCACCUUCCUUUGGUUUCCUGUUCCAAAAUGGCCCGCUUCUACCAUCCUCCCUCCCUUUUCUCUCUCUCCACUCCUCUGUCCAAGUCCAUGCUGAAGUUCCUGUGCCCUCCCCCUCCUCUCCCCCCUCCCCACCCCUCCCCUCCCCCCAACUUCCCAAGAGUGCUCCAAACGAACUCUGAGCCUCGGAGACUUGGAGCAGCGAGACGCCUCCGCCCCUUCCCCGGAAACCUCCCUGGAGGAAAACCUGGACACUGGACCCUCCCCACCAUCGGGCGGGAACACGGGACGCAGGCAGACUUGGCCUCGGAGGCGGCCCACCUGUGUGCUGCAAGCUCGGGACGGACGAUGGAGCGCGGCUGCUGCCUGGCGCCCUCCCACCCGUGCCCUGGAGGGCCUGGAGUUGAGAGUUUGGGGCCGGGAAGGGGCCUUAGAGGUUGAGGGACCUCAGGUCUGUGAGCCCGUUGAGUCUGUAUCUUGGUCCUGGGACCCCCCUUCCUGUGAUGAGGGGCCACAGGCCCUUUGGGACCGCCGGCUGUGGACGGGGUUGAGCAGACAGCCUGACCCUGGGGGCACUGCCUUGGGAGAGGGUAGCCUAGAGGAGGGGUAUUUGAUACUUUUCGUUUAUAAUUUAGCACUUUAAAUGGCAUUAACUUAUUUAAUGGGGGUGGGGCGGGCGAGAAUGAAGGGCCUAGAUAAUUAAGCUGUGAGGCCUGGAGGGUGGGCAGGGUCUGGCUGUAAGGGAAAUGGGGGCACGCAGAGGAGGUUGACGGGUGGCAGUGAAACGGCUCUGACCCCAGGGGCAGGGUGACUUGACCUUCACCCAUCCUCUUUUGAGAGUUGAGGGUUUUCAGGGAAGGGGGUGAGACACACAGUUUUUAAUGAGGAGCUGGCGAUAUCUCUGGGGAGGUCCUUGCCGGUCCCUGAGGCCUGACGGGUCAGCCAGCGUCCCUGGCCUGGGACGCCGGCCUUGUGGAAGCUGCCCACACCUCGGCUAAGGGCCAGGUCCUGAGAUGGGAGGGAGAAACCAGUUCUGGUUCUCAGCCCUGGCCCCCCCAAAGGGCAGAGGGGCCAGCAGGGGGAUUCCAUGAGUGGGGAAGGAGGAGGAGGAUGGUGGGGAUCGCCGGGGAGCAGGGUUCCUAUUUGGAGCACAAAGCGGGGUAAGCACAGGGGAGGGGGCUGGGGUUCAUCUCCCUUAGUAAGCACAGAAAGAAUGAGCCACGGAAGGGGCGGCGCCUCCUAGACCCGGGGACCUGGUGGGAAGGCCCUCUCUUCUCUUCGGGGGGAGCCCGGGGGAGCUGUGGAGGGUUGGGGGAGGGAGGGAAAAUUGGGUUGUGUUUCUUUAUUUCUCUCUUCUUUCUGUUUUGUUUUGCUUUUGUUGGUUCAUCCUUGUUUUCUAGCUUUGAAUCAUUUUUGUACAAAGGCAAGUAAGCCUUUUUGAAAAAGAACAAAAGAAGAGGAAAAAAAAUCCCUCCUGAAAAAAAAAAAUACCCUGGAAAACAGAAAAAAAAAAAAAGGACCUCAUAAAUGAUGCAAUUACUUCUAAUUGCAGGCAACUCUUUACAUUUAAGUGAAGUGUCUUAACAUUUUAUAUUGUUUUAAAAAUAUAUUUACAUAUUAUAUAUAUAAUAUACGUAAUAUAAAUAUAUAUAAAUAUUUAAAAAAGAAAAAAAAAAGAAAACCACUCUCUCCCUGGCCGCUGUUUUGGCGGGGGAGGGGGGCUGGAGGGCGGGCACACCGGCCUGGCUUCUGUGGUCCAGUGACAAGGUUUGGUUUGAUUCGGCUGUACAGAGACCCUCUGACUUGGGAGGGGAGGGGGGAGUGGUGCCCCCUCCUCCCUCCACUCCAUUCCUCUCUGCUUGCUACUCUCACUUGCUCCCGCCCUCAGCCCUGCGACCUGAAUGUGUGUCCCACCGUCAUUGUCUUGAGUUGAAUGUCCCUUUGUGGGGGGAGAGGGACGCGGGGGGAGUGUCCAUCCGCGAGGGGGCAGACGGAGGGAACCCUGGGCCCACCCCACCUGCUCACGUGGAGCCCGGCGGGAUUCGCAGAGCUUUCUUUCGCUUUGGCUCCUGCACAUUACGGGUCGAGAGGCGUUUGUGUGGAACUGUGUGCAGCCUGUGUGUGUGUGUGUGUGUGUGUGUGCGCACCGGCACAAGUCCGCUCACCCGCGUGCGGGGAGAAGCAUGCGUGUGCAUGGGUGUGACCUUCCGCACUCGUGCUCAGGGAGGGGUGUGCACGUCGGUGUGUGUAACCCGCGUGGGCAUCAGCCCGUGCCCACCUGCGCAUUGGCUUUGCGUGUGAGAACGCAUGGAAUGCGUGUAUGCAGACGUGUGUAGCUUCGAGAGACUUGAGUGUGUGGGCCACAUACGUGUGGACGUAGGGGUGCCUGUGACCUGCGCAUGAGCGUGCAAAUGCGUGUAGACCCAGGUGUGUGGACGUGCCUCUGGGUGUGUUCCAUCGUCCCUGCACCACUUGCUCCGGCCGCCCUCCCGAGCCCCCGUCCCCACGGCCCUCGCAAAGCCCGCAGCACGUCAAUGCCCCCCCAGCUGCAUGCGCCUCGCUGCUCUGUCCAUCAGUGUGUGCUUGACCAAGAGAAAGCCGAACCGUCUGGGGGGCCCCUUGUACCUGGGCCCCCCAGCCCCCGCCCACUGUGCUGUGUAACUCGCAUGGGGCUUUCUCUCCUGCCCCUUCCACAAUAUGCUGUUUCCCCAGGAGCCUUAGGCUCUGAGAGGGGUCCCAGGCGGGGCCCCCCGGGGCGAGCCCUGGCUCCACACCCCGCCCGGUCCACCCCGUAGGGCCCGUGUUGGUGUAGCAGUGAUGGCUUCUGUGGAUAUUCUGUGACCUCUGUCAGUGUAAUUUGACAAUUUCUAAAUGGAAAAGGGUUGCUGUGUUUUCUCUGUCUCUCUCUUUUUUAAUGUCCUUUUUCUUCUCCCCACUUCCCUGCUCUCUUUCCUUUUUGGUUUUUCUAGCCGAGUGUUUGGGGCUUAAAUAAAACUUGUUUCUUUUUCCUC